GAUGGUUAUCAUCGAAUUAAUAUAUCGUUUCAAAGAAAAAAUGUAGCUAAUUUCUUGCCUCGAACACAGCACAAACAUCUCAACGAUCCUUGAUUUCCAAUUUUCCAUAGAUAUAUAUUUUUCGUAAGUCAAUCUUUCGCAAUGAGACAUGUAGUUGUUGAGGUGUUGGUUCUGACUUUUUUGGUCGUCUUGGAUAUGAGCUAUGCGUUUGCACCUAUCGUAUCGUACCAAUGGGUCGUCUCUUAUUCUCAACGUUCCAUUCUUGGAGGCAACAAGCAGAUCAUAGUGAUCAACGACAUGUUUCCUGGACCGAUCCUUAAUGCAACAGCAAACGAUAUCAUCAUCGUCAACAUUUUCAACAACUUGAACGAACCCUUUCUUAUGACAUGGAAUGGAUUACAAUUGCGGAAGAACUCGUGGCAAGAUGGAGUUCGAGGGACAAACUGUCCCAUACUACCGGGGACAAAUUGGACGUACAGUUUUCAGGUGAAGGAUCAGAUCGGAAGCUACUUUUACUUUCCGUCGCUUCUACUUCAGAAAGCUGCCGGAGGAUACGGUUCUAUUAGAAUCAAUACCCCGGAACUUGUGCCGGUUCCGUUCCCAACGCCCGACUCUGAAUACGACAUCUUGGUAGGAGAUUGGUUCUAUGCCGACCAUACGGACUGA